AUGUCAAAAUUAAAAAUUAUUACUUGGAAUGUUAGGGGGCUGGGGAGAACAGAAAAAAUCAGAGUUGUGGCAAGAUUGGUUUCUACAGAAAAACCGUCCUUUUUGCUUUUGCAGGAAACCAAACUGAAUGUUUGCCGAACUGGAUUGAGAAGGAAAUUAGGGGCCAAUUUUCUAAGAAGUUGUAGCUCUGUUUCAUCUGAUGGUUCAGCAGGUGGCUUGAUGUGUUUGUGGAAUGAGGAUUUAUUCGAGGUCAGUUCAGAACAUAAGCAGUUUAAAUUUAUGGCAUUAACAAGGAAGUUUAAGUUGAGUAAUUUUGAUUGUGUAAUCAUUAAUGUGUAUGGCCCUUUAGUAGAUGCUGACAAAGAGGAGUUUUUCAGGGAGUUUUUGUGUUUUGUUAGUAGUUUGACUGUGCCUGUCUGCAUAGGGGGGAUUUUAAUGCCUAUCUCGUUCCUGAGGAGAAAUGUGGAUUUACUCAUAACUGACGAGGAGGGGUUUGCUGGGGUGGUUGAAAAUUCAAUUGCAAACGCGAGGAUUGAAAACGAGUCCAGGGGAAUUUUCUCUCUACUUGAAGAAACUAAGCUGGCUAUUAGGAAUUAUCCAAGGAGUAAUCUUAGGGGGUUUUCGUUAGCAAUUUCAGAAUUGGAAACCAAGAUUAACGGCAUAAAGCUGAAGUUUCAGAGUGGAGGGAUCUCUGCUCAAGAAAGGGAGGUGCUUGAUAUUUCGAGGAAGGAACUGUGGAUUUUGCAUAGGAAGGAGGAGACAUUGAAGGUGGGUGGUGUUGUUAUCUCAGACCCGGAGCAGUUGAGAGGACAUAUUUAUGAUUAUUUCAAGGCUGUUUACACUUCGAAUUCAACCCUAGAGGUGGAGGAUAUGGAUCUAAAUUUUGCUAAACUGAGUCACGAUCAAAUGAAGGUUCUUGAAAGGAAAUUCGCUGAACAAGAAGUGUGGGAGGCAGUUUUUCAGUCAGACAGUUCCAAAUCGUCGGGUCCUGAUGGUUUCACGAUGGGUUUUUUUAAGAAAUUCUGGCCAAACCUGAAGGUUUUCAUUAUGAAAUUUGUUGAAGAUUUUUACAAUGGAAGGAAUUGGGAGCAUGGGGUUAACCAUGCUUUUAUAACCUUAAUUCCCAAGAUCAGAAAUCCGAAAAGCAUUGAGGAUUACAGACCAAUAAGCCUAGUCGGCAGCCUGUAUAAAAUUAUUUCCAAAGUUCUUUCCAGAAGGCUUGUGUCUGUUAAUAAAGAUGUCAUAAGCCCUUCUCAAUUUGCCUUCAUCCCGGGUAGGCAACUGCAUGAAUGUGCCUUCUUAGCCAAUGAAGCUAUUGACUAUUGGAGAAAAAAGGGGAGGAAAUGCGUUUUUAAAGUCGAUUUCCGACGAGCCUAUGAUUCGAUGGAAUGGCCAAUUUUAUUAAGAUUAAUGAAAGUUAUGGGGUUUGGAGAUAAGUGGAUUUCCUGGAUUAAAUUUUGUAUUUCUUCUGCUUCUAUUUCGGUACUUGUUAAUGGCUCUCCUAUUGAGGAAUUUAAGAUGGGCAAAGGGUUAAGACAAGGCUGCAGUUUGUCUCUUCUGUUAUUUAAUAUAGUCGGGGAAUUGUUGAACCUUAUGUUGGUCAAGGCUGCAGCUUGUGGUUUGUUCGAAGGAUUCAGUAUUGGUAGGGAGGAUAAUCUCUUCAUUUUGACCCAUUUGCAAUUUGCAGAUGAUUUAAUUAUUUUCUGCAGGGAUUCUCCUACUCAGAUUCUUAAUAUUAGGAGAGUGUUGAACAUCUUUAGUCUAAUGUCAGGGCUAAGCCUCAACUUAUCCAAGAGUAAGUUAUAUGGUGUUAACUUGGAAGAUGAACUUUUAAAGGAAUGGGCUUCUGUGGUAGGUUGUGGGAUGGGUGCUUUACCUAUGACUUAUCUUGGUCUACCGAUUGGUACUACCAAGAAUUCUGAGUUGUUAUGGGAACCAGUCAUCCAAAAUUUUUCUACCAAAUUAGCAGGCUGGAAAGCUUCUUCACUAUCGCUGGCUGGGAGAUUGGUAUUGGUGAAAUCGGUGUUGUCUUCUUUGCCGAUUUUCUUCAUGCCCAUUUUCAAAAUUCCUCCAAAAGGUGGUCUGGGUGUUUUGGAUUUGAGUUUGAUCAAUCGAGUGUUACUUGGGAAGUGGGUUUGGAAGUUUGCUAAUGAAAAGGAGUCCCAAUGGAAGAAUAUGUUGUGCUGCAAACACAAUAUCAGUAACUUAUCUUUAUCUAUAAGUACGGCAGUUUCUUCUCAAGAUUCUUGGACUUGGAGAGGAAUUAGGAAUAACUAUGAGAGGAAGGAUGAAAUUGGAGAUUGUUUGAGGUCAAACUCGAAACUGCAAGUGGGGAGUGGCAGAUCUAUUGCUUUUUGGAAUGAUGUUUGGUGGAUGGUUGAUGACUUUUUGGCUUGGUCUGGGAAAGGCGAUGGAUUGUUCUCGGCGAAGUCCUGUAGACUGACUAUUUCAGGGAGUACUAGAGGGAAUUUUCAGUGGAGUAAAUGGGUGUGGUCUGGUUUGGUUCCCCCAAGAGUUCAAACCUUUUUAUGGCAAUUAUCUCACCACAAAGUGGCGGUUAGAGUAGAGCUGAAGAAACGAGGGGUUCCAUUGGAAAAUGUUCUUUGUCCUUUAUGUCUUAAGGAUGAAGAAACAAUUCAACAUCUUUUUCUCUUGUGUCCGGUUGUACGGGAGCUGUGGAAUAGGUUCCUAAGGUUAUGGGAUGUACUUUCAGUUUUGCCUAAAGAUCCACAAUCCUUUCUUUGUUCUUGGUCUCAUUUUAUGGCGUCUUCUUCAAUUUGGAAGUUUAUCCCCGGAGUCGUUUUGUGGUCUACAUGGAAGGCUAGGAAUUAUGUGGUGUUCGAAAACGGCAAUCUGGACAUGGCUGUACUGUUUUUCAUUUCCAGGUUUAGGCUGGCCAAAUGGCUUUUAGCAAAAUAUCCUCAGGCAAAUAUUCAGUUCGAUCUUCUGGGAGGAAUAGGAGGAAUUCUUAAAGACUCGAAUGGCUCUGAUCUUAUCUCUUUUUCUACUGCUGUGGGACCAGGUCCUCCUAUGUUGGCUGAGUUGAAAGCAAUUAAAGAGGGAAUUGAUUUAUUUCUUUCUUCCCAAUGGGCGGCGAGAGGAAGACUAGUGUUAGAGAGUGAUUGUUCAACGGUACUGGAAUGGAUUUUGAGGCCUGUUACUGCCCUUCUUUUUUCAGGUCCCUCGUUGGGGAUAUUUGUGCCUUAG